AUGAACAAUACGCAUUAUCCAUCACCUGAAUCGCUACCAGAGGCACAUCUUUCGCAUCCCGCCUCUGACGAACGCAAACGGGCCUCGAACGCUACCGCUGAUGAACUACCCCAAAGCCUCAUCGAGUUCAAGCGCAAGUGUGAGACUGGUGACUACUCGCCGCUGACGGAAUUCCACCUGAGCAAGACUGAUUACACCCGCCUCCACGACAAGAUCCAGACAAGGUUUCGACGCUUCGAUUAUAACCCUCGACGUCAACUUAUCACCUUUCGCAUGCCUUCCACGGUCCACGAUUUCUUUGUUUCGUUUCUUGGAAGCGCUGUCAUGAAUAAAAUUCGCGGAAUCGGACGCCAGAACCGACGAGCUCGCGCCUUCACUCAGAGCAUCCAGAAUGGCUUGACCUCUAAUGUUAUUCUAAUUGAUGGCGAUGACAAAUGGGAACAACAACCAGAUUCGCAGUUUCGCCACAUCGGAGCCCGAUACCCGGGUGUAGUUCUUGAGGUUGCAUUGACUCAAGACGCAAAGGGUUUGCGGCGGGUUGCCAGACGGUACAUCUAUCAUACCGAUGGUCAGAUCAAAGUGGUUCUUGGCAUUGAUCUCAAUAAAGACAAAGAGUCCACCAUAUCAGUAUGGAAGCCCACCUUCAGCCCAGCACAGAAUAGUGAUGGGGUCGACAUGGACAUUGAGCGAGUUGUUCAGGCACAGCCCUUUCGAGACGCCAAAAAGAACCCUGUCAACGGUACCUUGACAUUACGCCUUCAUGACUUUGCGCCUGACAAUCUAUGUCAAGAUUGCCCCAACACCGCCUUCUCGAUUCCAUACCGCGACAUGUCAGACAUGUUGGCCAUGGCCGAACAGUUUAAACUGAUAGAAGAACGAGAGGAGGUGCCCGAGCCCUCAAGCCGCGUUGUUCACAAGCGACGCUAUUCAGAAAGCUCAGAAGACCGGAUGGCGGAAGAGGAUGAUUAG